GGGAAAAGAGAGCUUGUGAGAGACAGCAGAGCGGUCCCAGGCUUCCUCAUCUCAUUCACGUCAGAGGCAGGAACCGACUGUGCUAAGGCUGUUGGCUCAACACGCAGAGACAGAGCCGGAGCAGCCUCAGAGACAGGGAAAGAGGUCCUCCCUGACCCAAGAAAUUACCACGAGUGGAGUAAAGCCAUCUGACUUUUUGGUCUUAUUUUGGUUGCCUCUUCUCUCCUUCUACUGGUAGACCUACGAGCUGCUGUUUCGUCUCUUUCGUGAAGCCUUCUCUCUGCCUCUCAGAAAAAAGAGGAGGGGAAGAGAGGGAGAGAGGUGGGCGCUCUAGGUGAGCGCAUCAGCUGGCUCCAACCCGAACAGACAAGAAUUCUCUGCCUUGGAAGCUCUCGGCUCUCUGCUCUCUGGCAACCCACCCCCCAACCUGGGUGUCUGCAUCAACUCAUUGCCCAGAGGUCGGAUCUCAUCUGGACUUAAGACGCACAGAGCACGUGGUCAAGAGAAACCAUCAGAGAGGACGACAUCACGAGGUACUGUGUGCUGCCAAUGGCCAGUUUAAGACUUUCAGUAGGAAUUGCGUAUUCCCUGGGACCCGAGACCUUUGGUCACUGAAACAACAGCCUUGGGGAUACUCUACAUGAAAUGAGUUGGCCAACAGCGUCAGCUCCUCUGGGCUUCACACGGUCCCUGAAAUCACUCAAGAAACCAGAUUCCUAUAACUCCAUGCUGGCUACUACUGAGAGCUCUUGAACCAAGCUCUGGCUGAGACGAUGGGGAUUGACUGGGAAACAGUGGUCUUGAAGAACAUGCUUAUUGGUGUAAACCUGAUCCUGUUGGGAUCCAUGCUCAAGCCUUCUGAAUGUCGACUGGAGGUGACUACAGAAAGGGUCCAGAGACAAACUGUGGAGGAAGAAGGAGGGGCUUCCAGCUAUAACACUUCCAGCAAGGAACAGCCUAUGGUCUUCAACCAUGUGUAUAACAUCAAUGUGCCACUCGAAAGCCUCUGCUCCUCAGGGCUGGAGGCCUCAGCUGAGCAGGACAUGAGUGCCGAAGAUGAUACUCUGGCCGAAUACACAGGCCAAACCUCAGAUCAUGAAAGCCAGGUCACUUUCACCCACAAGAUCAACCUUCCCAAAAAUGCCUGCCCAUGUGCAAGCUCUUCCCAGGUACUGCAGGAACUGCUGAGCCGGCUCGAGAUGCUGGAGAGGGAGGUGUCCUUGCUGCGAGACCAGUGCAAUGCCAACUGCUGUCAGGAAAGCGCUGCCACAGGACAACUGGACUAUGUCCCUCACUGCAGCGGCCAUGGCAACUUUAGCUUCGAGUCCUGUGGCUGCAUCUGCAAUGAAGGCUGGUUUGGCAAGAACUGCUCAGAGCCCUACUGCCCACUGGGCUGCUCCAGUCGGGGUGUGUGUGUCGAUGGCCAGUGCAUUUGUGACAGUGAAUACAGCGGAGAUGACUGUUCAGAGCUCCGGUGCCCAGCAGACUGCAGUUCCCGGGGGCUCUGUGUGGAUGGGGAAUGUGUCUGUGAAGAGCCCUACACAGGCGAGGACUGCAGGGAGCUGCGCUGCCCUGGGGACUGUUCAGGGAAGGGGCAAUGUGCCAAUGGUACCUGCCUGUGCCAAGAGGGCUAUGCUGGUGAGGACUGCAGCCAGCGACGAUGUCUGAAUGCCUGCAGUGGGCGAGGUCACUGCCAGGAGGGGCUCUGCAUCUGUAAGGAAGGCUACCAGGGCCCUGACUGCUCAGCAGUUGCCCCUCCAGAGGACUUGCGAGUGGCUGGUAUCAGCGACAGGUCCAUUGAGCUGGAAUGGGACGGGCCGAUGGCAGUGACGGAAUAUGUGAUCUCUUACCAGCCGACAGCCCUGGGGGGCCUUCAGCUCCAGCAGCGGGUGCCUGGAGAUUGGAGUGGUGUCACCAUCACGGAACUGGAGCCAGGUCUCACCUACAACAUCAGCGUCUACGCUGUCAUUAGCAACAUCCUCAGCCUUCCCAUCACUGCCAAGGUGGCCACUCAUCUCUCCACUCCUCAAGGGCUACAAUUCAAGACGAUCACAGAGACCACCGUGGAGGUGCAGUGGGAGCCCUUCUCUUUCACCUUCGAUGGGUGGGAGAUCAGCUUCAUUCCAAAGAACAAUGAAGGAGGGGUGAUUGCUCAGCUCCCCAGCGAUGUUACGUCCUUUAACCAAACGGGACUGAAACCUGGGGAGGAAUACAUUGUGAAUGUUGUAGCUCUAAAGGAACAAGCCCGGAGCCCUCCUACCUCUGCCAGUGUCUCCACCGUCAUUGACGGGCCCACACAGAUCCUGGUUCGAGAUGUCUCCGAUACUGUGGCUUUUGUGGAAUGGACCCCACCUCGAGCCAAAGUCGAUUUCAUUCUCUUAAAAUAUGGCUUGGUGGGUGGCGAAGGCGGAAAGACUACGUUUCGGCUACAGCCUCCCCUAAGUCAGUACUCAGUGCAAGCCCUUAGACCUGGCUCCCGCUACGAGGUGUCCAUCAGCGCAGUCCGGGGGACCAAUGAAAGUGAUGCCUCAAGCACCCAAUUUACAACAGAGAUUGAUGCUCCCAAGAAUUUGCGAGUGGGUUCCCGCACAGCAACUAGCCUUGACCUCGAAUGGGAUAACAGCGAGGCUGAAGCCCAGGAGUACAAGGUUGUGUAUAGCACUCUAGCUGGUGAGCAGUACCAUGAAGUGCUGGUACCCAAGGGCAUUGGUCCAACUACCAAGACCACCCUCACAGAUCUGGUUCCAGGCACAGAAUAUGGAGUUGGAAUAUCUGCGGUAAUGAACUCAAAACAAAGUGUUCCUGCUACCAUGAAUGCCAGGACUGAACUUGACAGUCCCCGAGACCUCAUGGUAACAGCCUCCUCAGAGACCUCUAUCUCUCUCAUCUGGACCAAGGCCAGUGGUCCCAUUGAUCACUACCGAAUUACUUUUACCCCAUCUUCUGGGAUCUCCUCAGAAGUCACUGUGCCUAGGGAUAGGACUUCAUACACACUAACAGAUCUAGAGCCUGGAGCAGAAUACAUUAUCUCCAUCACUGCUGAGAGGGGUCGGCAGCAGAGCCUGGAGUCUACUGUGGAUGCCUUCACAGGCUUCCGCCCUAUCUCCCAUUUGCACUUUUCUCAUGUGACCUCCUCCAGUGUCAAUAUCACCUGGAGUGACCCAUCUCCCCCAGCAGACAGGCUCAUUCUGAACUACAGCCCUAGGGAUGAAGAGGAGGAGAUGAUGGAGGUCCUCUUGGAUGCCACCAAGAGGCACGCUGUCCUGAUGGGUCUACAGCCAGCCACUGAAUAUAUAGUGAACCUUGUAGCUGUGCAUGGGACAGUAACCUCUGAACCCAUAGUGGGUUCUAUCACUACAGGAAUUGAUCCUCCCAAAAACAUCACAAUUAGCAACGUGACCAAGGACUCCCUGACGGUUUCCUGGAGCCCUCCUGUUGCACCUUUUGAUUACUACCGAGUAUCAUAUCGACCUACCCAAGUGGGACGGCUAGACAGCUCCGUGGUGCCCAACACUGUGACAGAAUUCACCAUCACCAGGCUGUAUCCAGCUACUGAAUAUGAAAUAAGCCUCAACAGUGUACGGGGCAGGGAGGAGAGUGAACGCAUCUGCACCCUGGUGCACACAGCCAUGGAUAGCCCCACGGAUCUGAUCGCUACCAAUAUCACGCCAACAGAAGCCCUGCUUCAAUGGAAAGCACCCAUGGGUGAAGUGGAAAAUUAUGUCAUAGUCCUCACCCACUUUGCAAUUGCUGGAGAGACCAUCCUAGUUGAUGGAGUCAGUGAAGAAUUCCAGCUUGAAGACCUGCUUCCUAGCACCCACUACACUGUCACCAUGUAUGCCACCAGUGGGCCUCUCAUGAGUGGCACCAUUGCCACCAACUUCACUACCCUCCUGGAUCCUCCGGACAACCUGACAGCCAGUGAAGUCACCAGGCAGAGUGCACUGAUCUCCUGGCAGCCACCCAGAGCUGCGAUUGAAAACUAUGUCUUGACAUACAAGUCCACCGACGGAAGCCGCAAGGAACUGAUUGUGGAUGCCGAGGACACCUGGAUCCGACUGGAGGGCCUGUCAGAGAACACAGACUACACAGUGCUUCUGCAGGCAGCUCAGGAAGCCACGAGGAGCAGCCUCACCUCUACUGUCUUUACCACAGGGGGCCGAGUGUUCGCUCAUCCUCAAGACUGUGCCCAGCACUUGAUGAAUGGAGACACUCUGAGUGGCGUUUACACCAUCUUCCUCAAUGGGGAGCUAAGCCACAAGUUGCAAGUAUACUGUGACAUGACCACAGAUGGGGGCGGCUGGAUUGUAUUCCAGAGGCGUCAAAAUGGCCAAACUGAUUUUUUCCGGAAAUGGGCAGAUUAUCGUGUUGGCUUUGGGAAUCUGGAGGAUGAGUUUUGGCUAGGGCUAGACAACAUCCACAGGAUAACAGCCCAGGGCCACUAUGAGCUACGUGUGGAUAUGCGGGAUGGACAGGAAGCAGUCUUUGCCUACUAUGACAAGUUUGCUGUAGAAGACAGCAGAAGCCUGUACAAGCUCCGCAUAGGAGGCUACAAUGGCACUGCAGGAGAUUCUCUCAGCUAUCACCAGGGACGGCCUUUCUCCACGGAGGACAGAGACAAUGAUGUUGCAGUCACCAACUGUGCCAUGUCAUACAAGGGUGCUUGGUGGUAUAAGAACUGCCACCGGACCAACCUCAAUGGGAAGUAUGGGGACUCCAGGCACAGUCAGGGGAUCAACUGGUACCAUUGGAAAGGCCAUGAAUUCUCCAUCCCCUUUGUAGAAAUGAAGAUGAGGCCCUACAUCCAUCGUCUUACAGCCGGGAGGAAACGGCGAGCCUUGAAAUUCUGAGCACUGGGCAGCCAGCCACCAGCCAAACGAUCUUUUCUGUCAUUUGUUUGUAUUUUAUAAUAUGAGACAAGGGGGGAGGGGCAACAGUAAUGUGCUUCACAACAUAUUCAGACUAUCUGAAGGAAACAGGGAUCAGUUAGGUACCAUCUGCUCCUAGUUUCUGCUGCCUUGGAGCCUGACUCUCAGGCUACAUGCUCCCUGCUAACCAGUCCUGCCUGACCACCCCCCUCUUUCUCACAGAGGAGGAAAACUGGGGGGUUAAAAAAAAAGAAACAGGCCAUGAAGUACAGAUUGUUAUGGUGAUGGGCACACACACAACUUUUUCUACCCCCUCUUCUGAGACACCUUCCAACUUCUAAGUAAUAGUAACCUGGUCACCACUGACUAUGGCCAGGUGACCACACCAUCCCAGAAAAGUUUCAACAGGAACACUUGGCCAGUCUUCUCUUAAGAGGGAAGAUACCCACCACACCCUGACGUAGCAGUCCAAGUUCAUUGCAAUGGGCAGAAGAUUCUCACAUUCUGACAGCUUUUAGGAAGUGUGGCCUCUCCUUCAGCUCCACCCCCUCCUUACCUCUAUCCCCUAGAUCCUGUUGACCUACCCACCCAACCAUUGUUUAGAACUCCAGUUCCCAAAGCUGGCUGGUCCUGGCCCUGGGUCAUACAAUAGCUGGGCCCUGCGUGUCAUAAGCCAUGUCAUGGAGUAACUUUCUUUGGGGGUGAAACUUGGGGAAGGGUAUUGUUUCUAGCACGUUUGCAUCAGGCAUUAGCAAAGGACAGGAGUGGAAAUGAGGGCACCUUCCAGGGAGUCUGUAGGUCUGAUUGGAAACUGACCUUACUUAGUGUUGCCUUGUGCAUUUAUGAUCGGAUUUGCCAUGGAUUCCUUUCCCUGAUUCCUAGCUGAAGGUCUCUGGUUCUGUACCCAGCCAGGCUAUCCUUAGUGCAAGUGGCUUCAUAAGAGUGUGUGUGGUGGGGGGGGGAGUUGUAUGAUCCAUUUCCCCUGACUGAUAACCCUGGAAGGAGACAGAAUGUUUGCCCUGGUCUCUUGUUGUUUGCUUUGAUCCUGUAGUAAACAGAACUGACCCCCUCCAUGAGGUAAGAUCAUGAGAAACAUUUUCUAUCUCUCUCUGUUAUCCUGCUUUGAGAAGAAAAAUGAAAAGUGCCAGAGGAAAUUGCAUUUAGAACUCCAAAGGUGAGAGAAGUGCUCUCCCCACCCCUACAUGAUUUGAUUUUUUAGCCCCAGAGAACUGGAGGCUAUUGAAGCCAUGACCUUUCAGCUUCUCCUCAAAUAAAAAACCAGCCAGUCUUCCCUGCAGCAUCUGCCUAAACUGUGCCAAGUUUCUCAGCUGCCUUUUCCCUGUCUCCUUGUCCCCUCCCAUCUCUGAGGACCCAAUGUGUGCUAAGAAGGCCCAUGGCUACUGUCUGGGGCAUCUUAUGCCUGUGCCAACCAGUUACUGAAUAAGUUGGCAUCUUGAAAUAGAAACAGCCACCAUCUAACCAAGCUUUGAGCCAGAAGCAAGAGUCCUCCUGGGUUGAUGAUCACCUGCCUAGCAUCGUGACAUUGGAGUUAGCUUGUCAUUUUUCUUUAGCCUCCCCCAUCUUUGUGACCUACUCAAGGUCAAAAACACAGGUGGAGUUUUCACUUUUUAAUCCAUCAAUGGACUUCAAGCAGCUAAGAGAAGAAGGAAGAGAGGGAAGCCUAUAAGUUAUCUGAUAUUUAACUAGAUGGGAGCCAACCAUGCAGAACUGGAGGUAAGCACGCCUAAAGAGGGACCUGAAGAGUGUGAUACAAGGUUGUCUCUGUCACCAUGACAGCUACAAGCCCUUGAUGGGUUUGUUUAAAUCUCUGGGCCUUAGUUUCCUCACUCAAUUGAAUCAGAGUUUAGACCAAAAAGUUUUCUAAUGCCCCUUUAGGUUUAACAAUCUGUGAUGGGAAAGCAGAAUCAAAGAGAAUGCCUGUGCCAACCAGUUACUGAAUAAGUUGGCAUCUUGAAAUAGAAACAGUCACCAUCUAACCAAGCUUUGAUGACUCACCUUGGCCUUGGUGAGUCAUCACAAUUAAGGAAAAGCUAGAAUCCCUGAGAAGGACAGGGAGAAAGGGAGGGGAAAGAAAGAAGGGGAAAAGAGAUGACUCAGAACUCUGUCUCCCAUAGACACACACACACACACACACACACACACACACACACACCACAUACACACACACAUACACACACACAUACACACAAACCAAAAAAAAAAAAAAAAAACAAUGCCAAAAGAAGCUGAAGCCAUUACGCCUGUGAAAGUAGAGCCAAGGACUUGGGUGCGCCUGAACAGCCCACCUCAUCAAGGGAGCUGAAAUGGAACAAAAUUUUGUGUCAUCACUUCCAGGAAAAAAAAAAUCAAGAAACAUCAAUGGAAACCCAAACCUGCUUUUCAUUGGAACUAUUUUAUCCUGUGGAAUAUUUUUAUAAAUAGCAUCAGCUGUAUUGCCUAGAUUUCAUUUAAAAGAAUUUUAAAGUAAGGAAGAGACUUCAAAGAUCAGCUCAUCCAACCUUCUGUAAAAGGGUUUAGACAUCCCUUUUGUUAAGUAGAGGGAGUCCCCCCAAACUCUAUGUUUUGAAGAAACUGUCUUCUCAAGAUCCACGGGGAGUUUAACUCAAAGCUUCUGAAGUUGACUGGCUUAACUUCUUCCUUCACUUGGCUGCUUAACGGAUUCCAGUUUUUAAUCUGCUCUUUCUCACACCUGGCUUUGUCCCUGAGGAGCAGGCAGCAUUACUUAGCACCCAUCCUAAUCACCCAAGAUUCCCAUAAGGGACUCAAAAUGACUGGAAGGGGGCCCUAUCAAGAAGAUGGUAUAAUUGCAGGCAUAUUAGAAGGUACACUUACACAAAAACCCAAACAACAACAACAAAGGUAACAACCAGUCACCAGAGACUGCCAUGGAUUCACUGCCUAGAGUCAAGAGCCGGGCCACUCUUCCUUUUUUGCAGGCCCAAUCAUAGAAAGAUUGUUUCUAUACUGAAUUCUCAUUGUCCCAGGGCUACUUCUGGAAGAUGAAGACAGUAAUGGUGAAGAUGACAACUGUGUAGAAAGUGUUGACUUUCAGACCCGACUUACUGGAUAAAGGGGGACUUGGUAAGAGAGGCAGAGUGGUACUCACAGCUCCCAGAUGCCCACUGAAUCACUUGUGAGAAGUAGGACAGGAAGCAGCAUAGUUUUUAUGAUUCUGUUAACCUCAGACCAAACCAGGACCCAGAACCCAUUUGUUCAGGAAACUGAUUUGUAAAAGAACAGCAACAUGACAGCAGAGAAAUUCGGAGCAAGCUCCCAGAUAUCUAAAUGUCCCCCUCCCCCAGCUACCUAACACCCUAUCUCUAUAGAGGUGAGACUCGCCCCUAAUGUCCUUGUGGCCUUCCACUGGGGAGCCAAUCAGCUCCUUCUAGAGAGAAAACUCUCAUUUCAAAGGCAAAUUUAAAGGACCAAGGUUGCCUUGCCAGUGAGCUCUAUACAAGCUAUCUUAAACACAUCUUUAAUUUAAAAUCUAGUAUCAGGACAGAGAGCUAAAGAUUAUGGAACAAGAGGUCAUUACAGAAUCUUUUCAAUGAGCUUUUUCAAAGCAUCCAUUGAGAAAGGUUUGGUGAGCUCCCCUUGGUCCUUUUCUCUGGAGAAAGAAAAAUGGGAUUUGUGAGAGUCGUGGACAUUUGAAAACACACCUGGAAGUAUGGCCUUUUCUUUUUCUUCCCCCUGGGAUUUCUGGAAGGGGGGAAAGCACUUCCCCAGAAUACACUCUUUUCUAUCCAUUGCUUGAUAAUCACAAAACUCCUAGUGGAUCUAAUUCCUUGGUUGCAUUUCAGUCCCUCUGAAGAGGGAGAAGGGAAGAUCAUUUUUCACCUCUAUUUACAUCCUACUGUCUACUCUGAAAUAUCCAUAAGAAGGACUAAUAUCCAAAUAAAUCCUAGAGGAGGUGAGAUAAUGCUUAGCUUACCUCAAACUUGCCAAGGCUUCACAAUGACGCUUGGUUCUCAUCCAUCCUCCCUGGGUGGUCUCUCUUAUUCAUAUAACAAAGCAUCAAAGGUUCUCUCCUCUGGGGAAAAAGGGGACAGAGCUGGCUUCUGGACUGAGGCUUGUAGCUUCUCUUUUAUUAUCCGGCUGGGCCCUCAGAACAAUUUUCUGAAAUUCUUUGACAAACUGCUUCCCUCUAAGCCUUUGCUUCUUCCACACCCAACUCUCCCAUACAUCUCUCCUGAUAAUACUAAAGCAUUUUGGCACUGCCAGGCAAAAAGGGACCUCAGGAAAUGAAUGAAAACUACUCAGAUUACGUAGGGAAAACAACUCCUGAUAGGUCACCAGGAUGAGGGGAGGUUGCUGUUUUCAGGGGAUGUGUGUGUUGGUGCCGAUGAGGGUCCCUUUGGAAAGAGUGGCUUGGGUUCAUCCUAACUAAAUCCAUCCUGGAUUUAGUUCAACCAGUUUUGUCUUCUUAGGGAAUCUGAGAAAAUAGCUAGGGGGAAAAGAAAGUAAGUUAAAGAAAAGAAGCUGAUAGAGUCUUAUAAAAUAAAAGCAAACCUUAGAGAUGGCCCCACAGUGGAAACACAGAAACCACAGGAGUGACCACAGCUAAGGCAUCAGCAUUGGCGGAUUCGACCCUUCGACUGAGGUAAGAGGCCACCAACAGCUCUACUGCCCAGAAGUAUGAAGAGAGGGAGCUUUUUUUUUUUUUUUUGCUGAUCAACCAAUCAUACCUUAACCUCACACUUCCUUUCCCAGCUAGCACAGCCUGGUUUGUCAUCUCAAGCAGUUCUGAUUUAUUUUUUUAAGGUCACUCUUCACCCUAAGCAUGACUUCAGUGCACCUGCAGCAUUUCAUUGUCCAAAGGUCCUUGGCAAACCUCACAGUCUCUGGACAGUGUUAUGUUUUUUUCCCAAACAGGAAAUCCUUACUCCUUCCACAGCUUAAGAAGACUAUUGCAGGAUAUCCAUUAAAUGAGGUCCUGGUUCCUAAGAUCUCCUCUAUUAACUUAAAGAGAACAGCUCCUAUUAUUUGAAUAGUAAGACUAGGUUAAAGCUCAAUUUCUAACUUGGAAAUAUUGAAUCCUUUCAGCCCCGGACCCCGACACUCUCCUGGGUAUAGCCGUUGGUUAGCUGCUACCAUUGGGCUCUGGAGAGAAAGUACAAGAGUCUUUGAGAUGUAGGCAAACUACACUCAGGAAACCUGGGCCACUUCAGGACGGGGCUAGUGUUGGAGGGCAGAUAUGAAUGAGAACUGUUUUUCUCUUGUCAAUGCUUUUACAACCCACAGAGAAACCUGUAGCCUUUAAACAAUCUGUCAUUGAGCACUAAUAUACUAAACCCUGCCUCCUAGACAAACAUUGAAGAAUACUCCUUCAGAGCCAAAGGAAGUUCUGGAGCUCACGUAAUACGAACCUCCCAUGUCAUACUCAAGGAAAGCAAGGCUGACGUAGGCAGGCAGCUUACUUGACUUCACACAGCCAAUUAGACAUAAAUGGGAGUAGCCUGGUACGAUUUUAAAAAAAAAUCUGUCUUUCCUAAUAGAGACUGAGAAAACCAGUUUCUGUUGUAUACCUAUUGAUCAGAUUCUGUGCAAAGGGCUCCACACCAAUUACUUCAUUGAACUCUCGCCCCAAUCCACAGUAAGCUUUAAUCAUUUUCUAGAAGAAGGAAGUGAAAGCACAGGAUUGUUGGAUAGCGUAUAUGAAGUCACAUGGUUUCUGAGUAGUAGCACUGUCUCUGUCUAACACAAGCAGCCUUGGUUUUUCCAGUUUGUAAAGCUGCUGUCCCAUUUACCAGGUGGCUGCCAUCUUGAACCUCACUGCCAUUCUCAUGACAGUGUUUCUAACUCCAUCCACCUCUCCUUUUCCUUUUAACAAAUGGAAAUUUUUGGGUUUUUUUCCCUGCUGCGCCACUGAGGAUCCAAGGGACCCUCAGCCCCAACUGUUAGAAGUAGUAAGAAAUAGCCCGGAAGCAAUUCUUAUUUCUUCUGUUUAAAGUUUCGAAGUCAGACACAAACAUGACCUCCCACCCCAGGGCCUAACCAGUAGAGCCGCUUCUCUUUUCUAACACAGAUUCCUCUCUAAACUAGAACAAGAGAUAGAACCAGGAUCAAGGAAGGAGAGACCACAGGAUAACACUGUGUUCUUGCCUAGGGUUUGACCCUAGAAUUUGCAAAGGAAGCGUUAAUGAGUGUGUUCAAACAACUACAAAUAGCAGAAAAUACAAAUAUUCUAUGAAUUUCUAGGCUAAAAUCAUCAGAUUGCAGGGAAAAUUCACAGAACCCCCUCCCAGAUCCUAGUGUUCCCUGAAGGAACAUGGCAGGACAUUUGUAAAAACUGGAGCUACAAGAAGUCAGGAGAGGAGUUUUGUGUGUUUAUUUUUUCAUUUCCUUUCUCCCACUCCUUACCCAUCUCUUAUCCCAGUGAGAGAGAAGGGUAGGAUAACAGUUUGCUACAAUCCUGACUAGCUUUGUUACUUUGAAAGAUUUUUGAAAGAUAUCAGAAACUUGGUGGAUUCAACUAUUGAACAACUCCCAGCACGGAGCCCCAUUUCUCUCUUUAGACAUUUAUGUUAAAAGGACUAGGUCUUCCCAACAGGGAAUUCAGGUCCCCCAAAAGUGGGAACUCCUCUGGAGAACGUCAGACACUUAUUAGAUACAGCAAGCACUCAGCAGAGUAAUCCUAUGCUAGUUCCUUUGUUCACUAUCCCCUUUCAGGCAUGGGGAUGGAUGCUGCAGGGACUAACAAAUCAGAGUCAGAAUCUGUAAGAGUCUAGUCCCUCCUGCUUCUCUUUAACAUACAUGCUCUUUCCUCCUAUAUUUACACACACACACACACACACACACACACACACACACACACAUACACUAACCCCAAGUACCCUCAAGCCUAUAGAAAUUUCCAGGUGCCCAAAACAAGUCACUGUGACUCUGAGGGGUUUUAUUGCCUGGGGCUCCAAGCAGAUGACACUCAUCCUGGUGGUCUCUCAGUUGCCGUCCUGAGAAAUCAUAAACACCAAAUCCUACAUUCCCUCCGAAUUUGAAUUUGUGGUUUUAACCUUUAAUAGCCUUUUUGGGUAAAAAUAACAAAGACAAACGAAUUUACUGACUUUGUAGCUACACUGUUCUUGAAAAGGUUCUUUAAAAAAAAAAAAAGGCCAAAAGGAAGAAGAAGAGAAGGGGUAUAUGGUAUAUGCUCAUCAGGUGGUAUGCACCCUGAUGAUAUCAAAUAAAAGGCUAUAGAGGAAUGAAGAGGGAGAGCCAGCUUGCCCCAUCCUUUCAUGGCGCUGUAGCUCAAAGACUGGAAUCUGCUUGUUAACCAUUGUUAACUAGUAUUUUUAGUCCCGGUUGCUUUUAGCCUCUGUAUAGUUCCUUUUUUAAACACAUUUUCUAUAUGUUAAUAAAAGAUCCUGAAGGAAA